AUACUGCCUGAUACUGCACAGUGCACGCGCCACCGCGUAAAUAUGCAACAAAACUGCAUUGCGUGUUGACGAAGGAAAAAAGCAGUCCACUGCUGCAACCCGAUACCUAUCCCACGCAACACAGUGCACCGCCGCACAGCUCGGGAAAGUGCACGUCUGUUAAUACACGCACACGUCAGGUGGUCGCGCUAUUGUGAGUUGGCUGCAGCGGCGACAAUCGGAUUACGGCAGUUCUAUACAGCGCUAGAAAAAAAGCAAAUCUUCGCUAAUCUAAUAGAGAGCCGCAACGACGACUGCAUUCGAGCUGCAGCAAAUGUCAAAUCAACGGGCAGUUCUCGACAUCUUCUCGCUCUAUUCGUUCGUGCUGAAAAGGAGGACGUAAACAUAAACACUGUUGUGCGGCGAAAGGAGGAGGCUGCAGACAGAUUAGAUUACUGCAUGCGCGAAAAACGGAUAAGUCCGUGACGUGCGAGUGAGAGAGAGAGUUGCGUUUCAGGUUUUAUCAGUCAUUGCCUGCUCCGCUCCGUGUGUUUUUCAAAGUGCGUCAAAACCUUUCUCCUUUCCCACCUACACGACGAGUUGUCGCGUGCGUUGCCACACACUCGCGGCGACGAGACGACGUGUGAGGAGAGUGAGAAAUCCUACGACCACUGUGCUGUUGUGUGGGUGGCCUGGAACGUCAGCUGUCAAACUUUCCUUCCGAUACACCGAGGUCUUCCCGCGACUUCCUGGGGGGGGGGAAAAGUGCAAAGAGGAGGUUUCCGAAUCUGGGGUGGAUGGGCCUGAGAAGCUGAGUUCCUGGAUGUCGGGAGGUUACUUCUACUGCUAACCAUAUGCAUGAUUAUUGAAGAAGAGAGAUCCUAAUACGGCAGGCAGUGGUUUAGCAGAGCCUAUUGUGCUUUUGGUGAGAAACUCUCACAUGGGAGAAGCGAGAGUGAAACCUGACUAUGUACUGAAAUAGAUAGAUAAGAGCAGUUAGAAAUUGUAAGAAUGCAUUUCUCGGUGCCAGACACCCAGGAACUCAUUGAUGAAGCUGGAAAUGCAUACUUGGGAUACAAUGUGCAUAUCAAUGGUUUAUUCCAUUGCACAGUCAGAUACAAGCAGCUUCAUAAUCUACAUGAACAGUUGGUUAAAGAUUUAGAAGUACCUUUGCCAUCUUUUCCCCCAAAGAAAUUCUUCCCUCUAACAGUAAAUCAACAGGAAGACAGAAGACUUUCUCUUGAUAAAUAUAUCCAGACUAUUGGUCAAAACACAAGUAUUAAUAAUUCCGAACUGCUGAAUGGAUUUUUAUUGAGCGCACAGUUGGAAAGUGCAGUAGGUUUAGUGGAAGAUGAAAAUGUCGAUGUGUUCCUUAUGAAUGGCUUGAAAAUUAAUCUUGAUGUUACAGUGGCUGAAAAUUCUGGUCAAAUUUUAAAAAAAGUAUGCAAACAAAUUAAAUUGGAUGAAAAACUUUGUCCAUAUUUUUCUCUAUUCAUUGUUUACCAAGAUGAAGAAAAUUUUGUUGUUUUACGAAAACUACAAGACUUUGAAUCUCCAAUCAUUACUCAAAGAAAUAUGCAUAAGAUGGGUACCAGGAUAGUCAUAGGCAAAUGGUACUGGGAUGCAGCAUUUGAUUUUGAAAUGCUUAAUGAUUCAGUAGCGUUAAAUUUACUAUAUAUUCAAGCUAGUGCUGAAGUAGAAAGAGGUUGGAUUCCUGCCACAGAAGAACUGAAACGUCGCUUGAAUACCUUAAAAGAACGUAAUGCAAAGGAAGAGUACUUGGAGAUUGUUCGAUCACUGAAGUACUAUGGAUAUAUACAAUUUGCACCUUGUCUCUGUGAUUAUCCUCAAGCUGGUUCAAAAGUUUUAGUAUCAAUAGGAAAAAAUGAAUUAAAUAUAAGGAUUGCUUCUAGUGAAGGUGAUCAAGAGGAAGUAGGAUUCAAAGUUACUAGAAUGCGUUGCUGGCGCAUUACAACUCUACAUGAGGGUAACGACAAAUAUGAGGAAACUCCAGAAUGCAGUCUUGAACUGUCUUUUGAAUAUUUAAUGGCAAAAGACCACUUGCAAUGGAUAACUAUUUCUUCCGAACAAGCCAUUCUAAUGUCUGUAUGCUUACAAUCAAUGAUUGAUGAACUUUUGUUAAAAAACGUAGGAGGCGUUAAAAACCAAGAAGUGACAGGAAAAACGUGGACAUACAUUACAAGAGACGGUUACAGUCGAACGGUUAUGGGGUCUCCAUCCCCUGAAAGUUUUAAUAAGAAUACAAAAGAAAACGAAAUCAAUGCUCGUACAAAAACAGAGCCAAUUAUUAAAAAAAUAACAGAAAGAUUUUCUGCUGUCAAAGUUAAAAAACCAAAUGCAGCCAAGUCGCCGAUUCCCAACCAAGAAAGAAGAUGUAAUACUGAUGGUGAUUUACUAGAAAAUAAUGCAUUUUGCAUGAUAGGUGACGAUGACCUAUAAAAAUAAUUACUACAGUUAAUUUAGUAUGUUGCCAUGCUCGUUUCAUAUACAGUAUUUCAUAAGUUUUGAUUAUAAAAUAAUUAAGCAGAAUUCAUUGAACAUUCAAUGCGUAACACUGAACGUUGCUUAUAACUAUUAUAACAAUUAUUAAAUUUAAAAAAUAAUUUUAACAAAUUUCCAUUUGAUCUAUAUUCAUAAAAAAGCAGUACUUACAUACGAAAACUUCUUACUCGAAAUAUAAAUUACAUGGUAUGAAAUGAGAAAUCGAUAUGUUAUCUUGUUAGUAGUAUAUUUUUAUGCAAGUAUAAUAAAUCAGAUCGCGUCUUUUUUAAUUUUAUAUAAUAUAUAGAUGGAAAUAUUUUUUCAUAUGUCAGUAUUUUAAUUCAUGCGAAUACAAAUGACUAAUGAAAUUAUUGCAAUAAGUUAAAGUUAACUAAAACAACCAGUGGCCAAAUUAUUUAUAUAUAAUCAAAUUAUAUUUCAAAGUAUUGAGGAUAGAAACAUUAUAUAUUUUUAGUAACUUGCGGUUUGUACAUAACAGUGCCUGGAACUAGGAUUCAAAAUAAAGAUUUUUUUUAAUAUUUUUAAUUGUAGAAAAAAAAUUUAAGGAAAUUGUACAUUUUUAAAUACUGUUUCAUGUUUAUAUCUAAUUAAUAGUCUAAUAUUAAGACUAAGAGUUUACAAAAUAAAAGUUUAAAGAAAAAGUUUAAGAUUUAAUGGAAGUAUUUUAUCUAAGCUACCUCGCUUGUAAAUAAAACAUACAUUUUUGUUAAUAAAAUAAUGUAAAUGCAUUUAUAUGUAUUUAAAAAUACAAGAUGCAAUCGUCUUAUGAAAAUUCAUGACCUUUUGAGAUUAUAAACGAUAUUCUUAAAUAAAAAAAAAUUAAGAAACAUAAUUUCGACGUACAUAUCACGACAGUUUCGACAGAAAUUGUUGAAUGUAAUGUGAUAAUGUUAAUGAUAUUUUAAAAUAUUUAUUACGAGAAGCAAUGAACUUUUGAAGGUUAAGUAAAAUGAACUUUAGAAUCUCUAAUUUCAAUGUUAUAUCUUGGCGCACAAUCGUGUCAGUUACAAGUGUAUCUGUGUGCUGUGUUAGUAAAUAUUGUACCAUAUAUAUAAUACUGUAAACUGCCGCUUGUAAAAAUCAGAGGUCAAUAAUAAAUUUAUACAUUUUCAUUUGUAAA